AAAGUUUCGGGUCUUCUGUAGAUGCGAGUUUAGAAGUCUUUUGUUACACUCGGAUUUAUUGAUGAAAUAUCUGAUCCUUGAUUACAGGCAACUUUUCCAAAAUAUUUCUUAGUAAAUCAGCAUAUGCAGUUUUCAAUAUGCACUGAUGUAACAGUCCCAUAGAAUUUGUCACUGCCAGCCAAAAUGGAGGUUGUGCUGGCAGUGCUACGACCCAAACAAAAUCUUGGGAACCAAGAAUAUCGCCAUCGGCUUUAUGACAUACUGCUUUUAGAUGGCAAGCCCUCAUCAGUUGAUAGUGGCAAGCCUGAAAAGUACUUGCCAAUGUUUUCUACUGACUCCUUGGAUGAUGAACCAAGAGAAGCUGUGCUUACUGAGGUGUUCAAAGUCACAGGAGGUUUAAAAGGUGAGAGGACAAUGCAGGUCACCAUUGGCAAGGGGCCAGUGGCCCUCCCUGUCCGGGACUCUUUGUCAAGAUUAUCGCUGUUUUGUGUCCCAGUCAGUCAACAAGACAAAUUGAGCAAGAGAUUUGUGGAGCAAUCACGCAAUAGCCCUGGGUUUUGGCCUCUGGAUAAUGUGAUGGAAGCUGUUAACACUGGUGCUAUCAGUUUUCCACCUUCAACUCGUGCUUUACUGCUGCAUUUAGAAAACUGGUUGAGAGAAAAACAUUCCAGGCCACGAGUGAUAGAAAGUUUAUUUUGGUCAAGGCCAGAAUAUAGGAUUCACCUAGCUGUGCAUAACCCGGUUUUCAUUCCUAGUCGCAUUCCUCCAGAAAGCAAAGCUGGAAGCCUGCCCACUGAGAUACAGCUGACAGCCAAUGAGGCAUUGGCAAAAAUGUUGUCCAUUGAAAAGUGCGAUAUUGUUGUCAUGAAUCCACUUUUUGGCUCUGGUUUGCCAUACAAUCCAAAGGUCAACAAAGUGGAGAUAAAUCACAGUUGGCCAAACAAACCUAUCUACUCUGAAACAUUAUUGCCACUCAAUAGUCCUGUAGAACCAAGAUGGCGAGAUAAAUACCCAUUGCAUGCCAGUGCAGCAGAGGGAGAUCUUCACCGUGUACAGUAUUUGCUUACAUUAGGACAUCAUCAUUCUAAGAAAGACUCUAUAGCCUGGGCACCUAUCCAUUAUGCUGCAUGGUAUGGCUCAGCAGACGUGGUGGAGGCUUUGCUGGAUGCUGGAUGUUCCCCUAACCUGACAGACAGUGAGCUGCUGACACCAUUACACAUUGCUGCUAAAAAGGGCUUUCCAGAAGUGGCUGAACGCCUUGUGCAUGCAGAAUUCAUAAAUUUGAAUAUGCGUGACAAAGAUGGGAAGCGUGCAAUCGACAUAUGCACAACUGCUGCUGGAAGAAAUAUGAAACACCAGCAAGUGGCAAACAUCAUUCAGGGAGCUCAGCAUAGACCGAACUUAACAAUUGAAAUUCAGCUGAUGGAUCAGUCAGUACGACAUCUAAAGCUUGUGUCUGGCUUACUGACUACUGUUCAGGACAUCAACCAGCAGAUGUUGAAUGAGUUCAAACUUCCAGCAACAUACUCAGAAAUCUUUACUGUUUGGAUCUGUUCGAAAAGCCUCGAACUUCAACUAAAAGCAGACCACAAACUGAUGCAGGAGCUCGAGAAGUGGCCUGUGCGGACUGUAGAAAUGCUUACAGAGGCAGAUCCACGAAGUGAAGAGCCUGUGUUCAAAUGGCGCCGAAAUGCCAAAGUCAGUGUUGAGACAGAACGACAGAUCACUCACCCCAAGGCCAUAGAACUGUUGUUCCAUGAGGCAUAUCACAAUUACAUCAAUGGAUUGUACCCAUGCAAAGACCACGAUGUUGUGCACUUUGCCACACUUCUUUUCAGUAUCCGCUUUCAAGAUAACACAUCCAUGCACAAGUCUUUUCUCACAAACAUCAACAAUCUGAAGGAACUAAUUCCUGUGUCAGUCUUGCGACACAGCAGCAGAGGAUCAGCCAGCUGGGCAAACAAGAUCAUGAGGGAGUAUACCAGUACUGUUCAUGGAAAGGACCACUCCCCUCAGGUUCUCAAAAGGCGAUUUCUCAAUAGCUGUCAAAAUUUGACUGUGUACGGCUCAGCAUUUUUCACAGGCACAUUGAUUAAGGAUAGACCUCCACACAUUCCCUGCCACAUCGGUGUCAAUGAUGUUGGUGUACAUAUCAUUAACAGUCAAACAAAGCAAAUGGUGCAGUCAUACAAAUAUGCUGAAGUGACAUGGAAAGCAGUUUUUGAAAAGUCAACUCUAGAAAUUGUACGACUAUCCAAAAACUCAGGCAGGCCUACUACCACAAUUCGCACACGGCAAGCUGGUGUCAUUGACCACUUAAUGCGACAGCUCAAACAGAUGAAUGCUGUUACAGAUCGCCCUAUACACAUAUAAAAACAUAUUUAAUCAGCAUAAGUGAAUGCCCCCAAUGUAGGACCUGCUAGAUGUUUAAUUACCAGUCCAAACUGUGUGUUUUACAGACAGAUGAAAUUACAUUUCUUGCUGUGACACAAGUUUGGGGUUUUUUCAAAUAUGCAUAUUUCUCAUCUAUGAAAGACAGGUUAUACUUCUGAUCUUUUGAUAAGAAUAAGCCAUAGUCUCAAAGAGAGAAGAUACUGUAGCCUUACCAAAAAAAAAAUUUAGUAUGUUUUACAGAUGUGAAGGAGGCGCAGUGUCUGCUAACCAGCAAAGUGAAGCAAAACUAUUUUAUGCACAAAAGUGGAGACCCAUAGGAAUUCUGUACUUUAAAGUGGUCAUAGAAUUUUAUUUUCAUCAAUGGUUAUGUUCUGUAUUUCUGGUGUGGACAAAUUCAUGUUAAAAAUGUUUUGCUUAGAAAGUGAUGAAUACCUUAACUAUAUUGUUAAAACAAUGUCUGUCAAUUGUCUGAACACAAAAGUCCACGAAAGACUUUUUUAGAUAAUAUUUUUCUAAACAUAACCUGUCUUUAAAUUUUAAGGGCAAAAAUAACAUUGAUCAUGCAGAUUCCUCAUUAUUAUUAACCACAUUAAGAUGAGCUUAAAAUUCUCUGUUUUUACAGCAAGCUUUCCCAGUAGUUGUUUACAGGGAUUAGUUUUUCUUUCCAUUGUUUUGACCUGAAAUGGGCAUUCAUUUUGAUGAAUGUAAAAGCAAGCUGUCACAGCAUUAUGCUGUUUUGCUUAACAGCCAAGUAGGAUCAUCAACUGACGACUAGUUAGCUACUGAGUACACAUCUGUCACAUGAUAGCUAUGUGUCGUGAUGUAAAAUUACUGUUAAAUUCAUUCAUUCAAGCUUAAAAAUUUGUAAUCUUUGAUCGUUCUUCACACAUCAUAUAACUGCUGCAAGUUGUUGGUUAUUAUGGUAUAACUGAUUGAAAGCUGUGCAUGCAUUUAAGAGCAAUGUGGACAGAGAGGGCACAUCACAUAGCAAUGCUCAGACCGUCAUCAAUGAGUAUUUCACUACAAUUGUGUUUUACUUUGAUCAUUCAUAGGCUUACCGUGGAUUUUUUUUUUUUGGCCUUCUACAGAAAAUGCUGACAACAUAGACUAAAAAUAUAGUUUAAAAAAGUGAAUAAAGGUUUAAUAAUUCAUAAAUGCAUAAAAUAUAUGUAUCAUUAAUUUAUCAUACAUAGUGUAUUGUUUUACUUUUUAGUGUGCUACAUAUGGUGAACAGUAUUAAGAGUUGAGGUUUGCAAGGGCUCUAAUCCCUUGCAAAUACUGAGGGCUGACUGUAAUGAUGAUGAUGAUGAUGAUGAUGAUAAUACAAUGAUUUUUAUAGUUCCAGAUUCUCCACACUUUGUAUUACCAAGAUAAGCAUGAAGAAUACAAAAAAACAGAAGUUGAUGAGGAAAGGGUCUAGUGAAAUUUAGUACUCUUUCUCCCUUUCUCUCACUACACACACACACAUAUACAUACUACACAUAUCUUAAUGAUGAGUAAAUUCAAAAAGCAGUGGGAGAUGUGUUAUUGUAGGAGAUAAUUUGAUGAUUCUUGUCAAGAGGAAAUGCUUCUCCCAAGCAUGGUCAGACAAAAUGUUUAUGUCUCAUGGGCUAUUGUCUUCAUUUGCUGGAAAACUAGCCAGCAAAGAAGCUGUGUACAUAUGUAAUGUGGCUGUACAAUAAUUUUUGUGUAGAAUCAACUAGCAGUAAACUGUUAUUUGCAUGUCAUAUGGAUCUCACAAGUGUGUUAAAAAUAGCAGCCUUUAUUAAGCCUAGCAGUUCAGUUUUCCAGCACAAAUGCUGCCUUCAUUAUUCUAAUCUUUGGAUCUACUCAAACACUGUGUUUAUUUCAGAUCAGUUCUUCAAUUUUUGGACCCUUGUUUCCUGUAGUGGAUCCGAUAGCAGCAUAGGGUAUCAAAAAUCUUGAUUUCAUGUGGCAUAAAUUUUUAUACUAGAGAUUCCAAUGCUGAGGUUCUGUAUGCUUAUACAGUCUUAUAUAUUUGGAUAGCAAUGAGCCUUCUUAUGAAAAUGUUUGUCAGAGUAUUUUAUACAUACAUCACUUCCUUUUGUUCAAAUUGUACAUUAUUAAACAUCAUCAUCUGUGUGAGUCUUUUUUGUUGUAGCUAUUCAUGAUGAGAAGUUAUCUGUGCAUAUCAUUGAUAUAUUACAUUUUAAACAUAAGAUUGAUGUUACACUGUCACACUACUGCUGGGAUCAUCGUUAAGGGACUAAAUCUUUAGUAACAUUGCUGAUUUCAUCACUAUGACAUAAAUUAGUAGUAUACUGUGCACCAUUUUCUUGUUUUAAGUCAAACAUCUUUGUGUGAAUAUUUAUGAUUUUAAAAAGGUGCUUUUCAAAGAGGCACCUCAUCUGAAAAUGAGCAUUUUCACAGGAAGCCCCAGUCUUGUGCUGGGUGAUUGUUAUACAAGUAGUCAAACCUAGCAAAUGGCUUUUCCAGGAAUAUAUUAUGUGAUAUCGAUUUGCAUAUGUGGUAAUUCUGUAUGUGGGGUGUGUGUGAGAGAGAGAGAAAUGUAAAAAUUGCAUAAAUUAGUAUUGUAUAAAUUGUGCAUUUAUGUAUUUAUGGCAUUAAGUUGUGACAGGUAAUUCUUGGUCAUGUUAUUACCACAUUGAUGUAUGAACCUGACAUUGUUACCACUACUUACUGUAUCUUUAUAUUAUGUUUUAAGACUGUACCAUGAUAUUUCUUUCCUUAUAAAAGUUGAAAAGUUGUUUACAGCUUUAUAUUUAUGUUCUUGUUUUGGAAUCUUGCUACCACUUGGCCUACACACUAUUUUUGAAAGUCUAAAAAACAAACUGCUGAUUUUAUUUCUAAAUAUCUUGCAGGCCUUUCCUAUAUGUUGAGGUUUUUUCCUGGGGAUACAAUGUGCUUUUAGGAAAUAGCAUAUCCUGAGAACACAUUUCCAUACUUUAUUGUUGAAGCUACCCUUAAAAUAAUAUUUUUGAACACUUACAAUGGGUGUGUAAACAUCCCUAGUGAUAAUGAACUGUGCAGUGAUUGCAGUGUUACUAGAUGCAUACAAACCAAUGGUGGUCUUCAUUUCAACUGGGAGAUCUUUUAGAUAGGAAUAAGCCUGCAUUGUGACCCUUAACAAAAUGUACCAGAGCAGUAUAUAGGCUUCUGUAACUAGUCAAGAAGAAGUAUUUUCAGAGAAAUUUUCACAUGUAGCACAUUUGUUCUGUUCUAGUCAUUCUUUCUUAUCUCUAUAAUUCUAUGAAAAGUGUAGGCAAAACCCAGUGUGCAUACCUUGAAAAAUAAGGAUAGGUAGAUAUUCAUUUUCAAGGAAAAUAUAUAUUUAGUUUUAAAUUGUGAAAUAUGAGUUGCACACCAUUUGAAAAAGUAUGAACAUCCAUUAUUUUUUAUUUUUUAAACUUUAUGAAUAUUUAUACAACUUCUCUGUCACUGCAUCAUUUGUGCUUCUCAUAAUGUUUAUCUAAAGAACAGGGUACUUUAAAAGUAGCCAGGUAUGUCUUUAAUUUUUAGUGAAAAACUCAAUUUAUGAAGGCAUUACAAAAAAAAAUGUCCUUUGUUUUCCCUCUGCCUUCCUCUUAAGCCAUUACAACAAACAGCUGUAGUUUUAAAAAUUUUAUGCAUGACAGUGUUAGGUAUAGACUUGACCUGAGAUAUCUGCUUUCUCAAAGGAUUUUGUUGUUUUAGGUUCUAUAAAUUUUUAUACACCUGUUUGGGUUGCAAUUCAGCUUGUUCAGAUUGUUUUCACUGGUAAAUUUUGAGUUUACUUUGUCUUUUACUUGAUUUAUGGUAGUACUGUCUCUUCAGUCCUGAACUGGCAAGGAAGAUAAUUUUUGUCCCUUGUUUUAAGAACUUUGAAUUCAUGCUUACCCGUAGUUUUUCUCUCUUUUUUCCUGUUCACCACCUUUACUCUGAAAAAUGUGGGUUCAAAAGUUUCUUGCUCAUCUGUCAAGUAGACAUGUUUAUUUAUUAAUGAUACAGUUUUGAGUAAACUGUAAAUAGUUAAAACAUGUAUAAAAUGACUGCCAGAAAUAUGAAUGUCUAACAAAUGUAGAGAUGACAACACAUACAAAUUAUUUUUGUGUUAAAUGUUAUGUUUCAUUUCAGUACAAAGAGAUUGUUGUCAGAGGGGGCUAAUAAUUCAGAGAUUUAUGAUGCCUCAGAAUUGGUUGUGAAAGAUCUUUUUAAUCAAUGUUUUUGACAAUUUUUAAAAAUACAUUUUGAUUUGUAAUUAGGACUUAAUUUAGACUGGGAAGUUGUUUUUGGUGAUUAGUAUUUUGCAAGAGAGAUGAAAGGAGGGUAGAAAGCAGGUGUAAAAUAUAUUCGUUUAGUUCACUGGGUGAAAAAUUGUUCCAUAUUUUCUGUUUAGAUUUUGUUACUUCAGAUUAAUUCCUAUAGCUAUAGGCUGCUUUUUUUUAUUUGCAGAGAGAAUUUGGAAAUAGCUUUAAUACAUUUACUGUUACAUUUAUAAAAACUGGAUAAAGAGAAAAAUAAAAUUAUCUUGCUGCUUUUACCUUAUUCACUUCCCCUUAAGGUCUUUUAGCAUAAAUGAGCUGGUAUUUUGUUUACUUAUAUUUUUAAUGAUUUUUAUGGCGAGAAUUGUUAUGGUGUAUAUAUGUUUUGGCAUAAAGAGUACCAAUGGAGUGUUUGUGAUAAUUUUUCAAUAAAAAUCUGUGAUUGAC